AUGGGCGCCAAUGGAUCAUUACCAGAUGAUGGCCCUGCCCCAGAGAUGCACCAUUACUACAGCAAAUUUAUGAGAGAAUGCCCAUCUGGGCUGCUUAGUCUGCAUGAAUUCAAGAAACUCUUGGGUCUGCGAGGGCUGGAUCCACAGGGAGAUACUUACAUUAAACGAGUGUUUGAUAUCUUUGAUCUGAACAAGGACGGAUUUAUAGACUUCUUGGAGUUCAUAGCUGCAAUAAAUUUGGUUAUACGAGGAAAAAUUGACCAAAAAUUGAAAUGGUAUUUUAAGCUAUACGAUGCUGAUGGAAACGGAUGUAUUGACAAAAAAGAACUAUUAAGCAUAUUCACGGCUAUCCAGGCUAUUAACGGCCACACCAGCAUGUCUGCCGAGGAGUUCACAAACAUGGUAUUUCAGAAGAUCGAUGUGAACAAUGACGGGGAACUGACUUUAGAAGAGUUUAUCAGUGGCGUGGAAAGCGACGAGGACUUAAUGGAAUUGAUUACGAAAAGUUUUGACCUUUCCAACGUACUCAAAGUCAUACAGAACGGCAGGAGACACAGCAUCUGA